UUUCAAUUUCAUUGCUUUAAAUUAUUAGUACAUCUUGAAUUUAUUGUUGAAAGUUGAGUUUGUUGCUGAAAUUAUGAUUAGCUAAUGUUAAUUUGCUGUAAAUCAUAUUUGGAGAAUUGGAGUUUUUUUGUUGCUCCCUGAAAGUUAUCAUGGUUUAAGUUUUUGUUGCUGCCUGAAAGUUAUCGUAGUUAUCAUAGCUGAAUUUGUUGCUAGAAUUCUAGAAGUAGAAUUUGUUGUCAGCUGUAAGUUGAAUUUGAUACUGAACAUAUCAUAAAUGUGGUUGUUGCUGAAAGGAAAAUUUGUUGCUGGAUAACUGAGUUGAGUUGAAUUUGUUACUGAACCUUGUUGUUGUGUUGCUUAAAAAAUGCUAAAUCUUUUGUUGGUGUAUGUUAAGGGAUAAGAGAUAAGAGAGUUGGUCAGUAACAAAAUUAGUUUGGUACAGUUAGUUAGGGUUUGUUAUUCUGAUCUCUAAUCUUUCUCUCUUUUCCAACUCUUAUAAAUGAAGCUCUUGCAUCCCUCUAAGAGGUAUGUAGAAUUGAUUCAUUGAUGGAAGAAUAAGAUGAAGUUAAUUUAGUUUGCUAGUUUCAUGUAGCUCUCUCUUCAAACUCUUCUUUCUUUGUUUCUGAUGUUCUGCAUAAUGCAGUGUUUCUUAUGGAAGAUAUAGAUGCAAAUCAAAAUGAGAAAAAUGUUGAUUGAGCUCCAAAUUUGUCCUAUGAAGAUAUAGAUGUCGAUUUUAAGAUCACUUGGACUUGAUUUAUCGAUUGUGUUAUCUUUUGCUUGUUCUUGUUUAUUUAAAUGGUGAAAGUAUUUUGUACUAGAAACUAGUUUAUUAUCUCUUUUUGCAUCAUUAGUUAUGUCUAAAAAUUAAUAUUUGAUUAUUAUUAUGUUUGUAAAGACUUGCAUUUUAAGUUUUAAUACUUGAUUUUAAUUUUAUUUAUAUAAUUUGUUUUUUUUUAAAUUAUGACCGGGUCAACCGGGUGAAUCAGUGACCCACCGGUUGAACCAAUGACCUGGUGACCCAAUCAUAUGACCGGGUUGAUUGCCGGUUCGGUUCUGAUAACUAUGCCCCCUUCUUCCCCCAUUCCCAAAUCGCAGUCUCACUAUCUCAGACUCUCACUAACCCUAGCCCUCUGAAGCAUUCCCAAAUCCCAGCCCAGUCGCCACCGCCGUCGCCGGGGUUUUCAGGUCAUCAGCGCCAUCGCCGUCGCCUGGUCUCUUCCCCCAUUCAUUCAUCUCAGUCUCACUCCACACGUGAACGGUGAAGCCUAGCCCCUUCUGAAGCAUUCCCAGCGUCCCCGCGGUCCUCGGGUCGUCAGCGCCACCGCCGUCGCCUGGUCCUCAGCACCGCCGCUUCGUCUUCGCUGGUCUCUCCCUUCGUCUUCGCUGGUCUUCGCUUCGUCAGCACCCAGCACAGGAUGAGGUGAUUGUUAGGGUGAGUUGCCCUCUUGAUUCUCAUCCGGUUUCAAGAGUGAUCCAAACAUUCCAAGAGGCACAAAUCAAUGUUAUUGAUUCAAAACUCGCAGCUGCAAAUGACACCAUAUUUCACACCUUUGUAAUUAAAUCCCAACAAGGAUGUGAACAGCUCACAAAGAUAAUUUUGUUAUACUGUUGGGGGAUCUAAAAAGAGAAGCAUUUGGAACUAGGGUAGUAGAAUAAUAGUUCCUAUUAACUGUGUAGGACAACCAAUUUAUUAAUGUUUGUUUAUAGUAUACACAGUUUAUCAUAAGUAUUAUUCCUGCAAUUGUCAAAUUAUUUUUGGUUUUUGGUUGUUUAGUUUAAUGAUCAUAGGGUUUAUUUGUUCUGUCUUCUUUUUUCUUAUAUCCCAUAUGCCUUCUCAAAUCUCAAGUUCCUAUUCUUUCUUUCUUGUAUUCUAUCAACUUCUGUGCAUAAGACAUAAGAGGAAAGUAGUGAUUAGUUAUGUUUUUGUCACCUAUAGAGAGAAUCCUGUCUAUAUAAAUUUUUAUAUUGUAAUUGAAAGUUGUAGCAUUAUUAUUAUUACCUUGGUUUUAAUGUUUAGGCCUUAUGAAACAUUGCAGUAUAUAUAGUUCUUAGCCAAGCAUCUGCUUCUUCUGGUUUUAAUAUUUAGAUAUGCUUUUAUUACUAUUUAACUUUUGAGUUUGGAUUUUGAUAAGAUCAUAUGUAUUUGGUUGAUGAUAUUUUAUGUAGUGUUUUAAAUUUCGAAGAUAUUUUAAAAUUUAUAUUAGACUAUAAUUAUAUUUUAGGAUGUGUAUUUAUAAUUUAUUUAUUAUUCUAUUCUAAAACGGUUUUUCUGGUUGAACCACCGGUUGGACCGGUUAGACCAGUGAACCAGUAAACCAGUGACUAGAGCGGUUUGAUGACCGGUCCGGUUUUCUGAACCUUGGAGGCCACGUGGCAGUGAUGUAUUUGUCGAGAACGUUUGGGCGAACACUGUUCGCCGCAGCUGCUAGAUCCAGAACCUAUGCUUCCUCCGCCGGAACCGCCACUGCUGCCGGCGACAAACCCCGCAACCCUCUUGAGGAGUUCUUCGAGGUUGACAGGGACAUGGAAAGUGAUAAACCUAUUGUAUAUGGUCGGGGUUGGAAGGCCUCCGAAUUGCGUUUGAAGUCUUGGGAUGAUCUUCAUAAGUUAUGGUAUGUGUUGUUGAAGGAGAAAAACAUGCUCAUGACUCAACGCCAGAUGCUCAAUUCCCAGAACCUACGAUUUCCUAACCCAGAACGCAUCCCCAAGGUACGGAAGUCAAUGUGCCGCAUCAAGCAAGUACUUACAGAGAGAGCAAUAGACGAACCGGAUCCCAGGAGGUCUGCUGAGAUGAAGAGAAUGAUAAAUGCUCUCUGAUGAUUCACAAUAGAACAUUAUUGAGAAGGACUUUUGUUUUUGAUGGAUUCUUGGUUUGGAAGCUUUGUUUUUGCAACAAGUGGUUUACAUUGAGAUGUACCAGAAAACUAUUGAGGCUAUUCAACAUGAAAGAUAAGCACGUAUGCAGUAUCUAUAUUCUCUGUUACAUCGUUAUUGGUAGUUAUCUAGGUUUUGAAUUGGGAAUGUCUCAUAUAUUUUCACAUAUUAUAGGAACUAUUAAACAAUCCAAGGCAUUAAUACUUGCAUGUUCUUA